AUGGGAAUGAAUGAAGAAAUACUAAAUCCUCGUAUAACAAAUUUUGACUUUUUUUUCUUUCCAGAAUUUUUCUUAUUUUCUAGUACAUAUAAAAUGAAACCGUGGGUCAUACCAAUUAAAUCACUUCUUUUCAAUUUUAAUGAAACAAAAAAUGUGAAUAAACAGAUCACCCUAAAGAAAAAAGGUUUUAUACCAUCAAACGAAAAAAAAUUCCUUCGGUUUUUUAAUCUAAAUAAAGAAGAAAACGAAUCAGCAGGUCAAGAAGAGUUUGAAUCAGAUAAAGAAACAAAAAUAAAUACGGAAUCAGCUCUAUCAAAGCAAGAAAAAAAUAUUGAAGAAAAUUAUACAGAAUCGAAGAUAAAAAAACGUAAAAAUAAAAAAAAAACAAAAAGCAAUACCGAAGCGGAACUUGACUUAUUUCUCAAAAGGUAUUCGCGUUUUCAAUUGCGAUGGAAUUGUUUUUUUAAUCAAAAAAUCCUCAAUAAUGUAAAAGCAUACUGUCUCUUGGUUAGACUAAAAAAUCCAACCGAGAUAACGAUAUCUUGUAUUGAAAGAGGAGAGAUGAGCUUAGAUAUUCUAAUGAUUGAGAAGAAUUUCACUUUUUCAAAAUUAAUGAAAAAAGGAAUAUUGAUUGUUGAACCUGUUCGUUUGUCUGUAAAAAACGACGGCCAACUUAUUAUAUAUAGAACCAUCGGGAUUUCAUUGGUUCAUAAAAAUAAACAAAAAAUAAGUAAAAGAUCAAAAAAAAAAAGCUAUAUUUAUAAAAAAAAAAGUUUAAAUUUCUUUGUCCCUGAAACUAUUCUAUCCCCUAAACGACGUAAAGAAUUUCGAAUUCUAAUUUGUUUCAAUUUAAAAAAAAAAAAUGCAAGGGAUAGAAAUUCAAAAUUUGAUACAAAUAUUCAAAACUUGACCACAGUUUUGAAUAAAAAGAAAGAUCUUGAUAAGGAUAAAAAAAACCUAAUUAAAUUAAAAUCCUUUCUUUGGCCCAAUUUUCGAUUAGAAGAUUUAGCUUGUAUGAAUCGCUAUUGGUUUAAUACGACUAAUGGAAAUCAUUUCAGUAUGAUAAGAAUACACAUGUAUACGCGAUUUCAAAUGCAUUAAUGGUAGAUCCUUUUUACUAUAUUUUGACUAUAUAUAUAGUAUUAAGUUACGGUAUAUGAACAAUAUAUAAUAUAAGUUACGGUAUAUGAAAACAAUUGGAUGCACAAAUGUGAGGGAUUUUUUUUAAUUCAAUCUUUAUACAUGAGAUUCAUUGAAUUAAUGACAUAGAUACCACUCAGAGCGAAUUCAUAAAUAAAUUUUUAAAAUCCUCCUUUUUUAGAUCGAAAUUUAAACUUUUUUUUUAUAAAAUUAAGAAUUAAUAAGUUGAUAAUUAAAUUCGGAUCCUUGUACAAAAAAACUACCAUUAUUAUUACUGAUCAGUAAAAUUCAUAUCUUUCAAUUCAUAUUAAAAAGGGAAGGAUUUCUUUUUAUGAUAAAAAAUACAUUCAUUUCAUUUCAAGAAAAAAAAGAAGAAAGCAAGGGAUCUGUUGAAUUUCAAGUAGUCAGUUUCACUAAUAAGAUACGAAGACUUACUUCACAUUUGGAAUUGCACAGAAAAGAUUAUUUAUCUCAGAGAGGUCUACGAAAAAUUCUGGGAAAACGUCAACGACUGCUGGCUUAUUUGUCAAAAAAAAUAGAGUACGUUAUAAAGAAUUAAUUAAUCAGUUGAAUAUUCGGGAAUUAAAAACUCGUUAAAUUCCAAAAUUGUGAAUUAGUUAAUUUUUUAGAUCUUGAAUUUUUGAAUAAACUUCUUUUUCAGCAAUCUAAUUCAUACCAGAACGAAUCAAGGAAAAACUUAUGAAGAGACCAGUUACAGGAAAAGAUCUUAUGAUAGUCAAUAUGGGACCUCACCACCCAUCCAUGCACGGUGUUCUUCGCUUAAUUGUUACUCUAGACGGUGAGGAUGUUGUUGAUUGUGAACCCAUAUUGGGUUAUUUACACAGAGGAAUGGAAAAAAUGCAGAAAACCGAGCAAUUAUACAAUAUUUACCUUAUGUAACGCGGUGGGAUUAUUUAGCUACUAUGUUUACAGAAGCAAUAACAGUAAACGGACCCGAACAAUUAGGAAAUAUUCAAGUUCCUAAAAGAGCCAGCUAUAUCAGAGUAAUUAUGCUAGAAUUGAGUCGUAUAGCUUCUCAUCUGUUAUGGCUUGGCCCUUUUAUGGCAGAUAUUGGGGCACAGACUCCCUUUUUCUAUAUUUUCAGAGAACGAGAAUUUGUAUAUGAUCUAUUCGAAGCUGCCACCGGUAUGAGAAUGAUGCAUAAUUUUUUUCGUAUUGGAGGAAUAGCGGCGGAUUUACCUUAUGGUUGGAUAGAUAAAUGCUUGGAUUUUUGUGAUUAUUUUUUAACAGAGGUUGUUGAAUAUCAAAAACUUAUUACACGAAAUCCUAUUUUUAGAACGAGUUGAAGGCGUUGGGAUUAUUGGUGGGGAAGAAGCAAUAAAUUGGGGUUUAUCCGGACCAAUGUUACGCGCAUCCGGAAUACCAUGGGAUCUUCGUAAAGUUGAUCGUUAUGAGUCUUACGAUGAAUUUGAAUGGGAAAUUCAGUGGCAAAAACAAGGAGAUUCAUUAGCUCGUUAUUUAGUACGACUUAGCGAAAUGACAGAAUCCAUCAAAAUUAUUCAACAGGCUCUGGAAGGACUUCCGGGGGGUCCCUAUGAAAAUUUAGAAAGCAGAGGCUUUGAUAAAAAAAGGAAUCCAGAGUGGAAUGAUUUUGAAUAUCGAUUCAUUAGUAAAAAACCUUCCCCUACUUUUGAAUUAUCGAAACAAGAACUUUACGUAAGAGUUGAAGCUCCAAAAGGGGAAUUGGGAAUUUUUCUCAUAGGAGAUCAAAGUGGUUUUCCUUGGAGAUGGAAAAUCCGACCGCCGGGUUUUAUUAAUUUGCAAAUUCUUCCUGAACUAGUUAAAAGAAUGAAAUUGGCUGAUAUUAUGACGAUACUCGGUAGCAUAGAUAUAAUUAUGGGAGAAGUUGAUCGUUAAAAUGAUAAUUUAUGCAACAGAAGUACAAACAAUAAAUUCUUUUCUUAGAUUGGAAUCUUUAAAAGAGGUCUAUGGACUCAUAUGGAUAUUUGUCCCUAUAUUUUCUCUUGUAUUGGGAAUCAUAACUGGUGUACUAGUAAUUGUGUGGUUAGAAAGAGAAAUAUCUGCAGGGAUACAACAACGUAUUGGACCUGAAUACGCCGGCCCGUUAGGAAUUCUUCAAGCUUUAGCCGACGGGACAAAACUACUUUUCAAAGAAGAUCUUCGUCCAUCUAGAGGAAAUACUCCUUUAUUUAGUAUUGGACCAUCUAUAGCAGUUAUCUCUAUUUUACUAAGUUAUUCAGUAAUUCCUUUUAGCAAUCACCUUGUUUUAGCGGAUCUCAAUAUCGGUAUUUUUUUAUGGAUUGCCAUCUCAAGUGUUGCUCCGAUCGGACUUCUUAUGUCAGGAUAUGGAUCAAAUAAUAAAUAUUCUUUUUUAGGUGGUCUGCGAGCUGCUGCUCAAGCGAUUAGUUAUGAAAUACCAUUAACUCUAUGUGUUUUAUCAAUAUCUCUACGUGCGAUUCGUUGAAACAGAAAGGUUUAUUCCGUUUCUUCUAGAUAAAAAAAAAAUGAAAAAAAAAACGGAAUAUAUAUAUUUAUCUUUCGGGUUUAUCUUAAUAAAAGGAAUUUGAAUUUGAUAGUUAUAUAUGAGUGAAAAAAAACUGCUCAGAAAUUAGCAGUAAAAAGAAAAAUUAAGUCUCAUUUCCUAUGUACAAAGGUUAAAUGGAAAUAAACGUAAGCGUAAGAAUCGCUUUACCCCAAGGUUGGUUGAUUAGUCAGCCGGGCUUGAAGCGGGUUAAAAAAAAUAUUAACCGUAUGACGUUUUCACUAUCAGUUAUAUAAAUUACUAUACAUAUACAUAUAUUACAAAGUGAUCGGCAAUUAGGUAAAAACGCGUGGAUGGUUAGAAACACCAAAAUACACAAAGAAUUUGUAAUAGAGAUUAACCAAAUUGAAAAGGAUAUUUAUGCAUAACAUAA